ACAGUAUAGUUUGUAUUCAGUACGGGUGAUAUUUACCCAUGCAUUGCAGUUCACUAAGCCUUGCAGCUGUUAUAAAUAUGUUUCUAGUCCGUUAAGAAGUAGUGUCGUCAAUAGAUAGUUUUGUGUGGAAGCUUGUAAUUUUCUUGGAUAUCACAGAAAAACUUUUAAACAUGUCUACUGCGGCAGCAUUGCGUGGAUUCUCAGCGUCUACUGACAAGAAUGUUCUCAAACAAUACAUGUCUUUGGACCAACCCGAUGACAAGGUCAUGUGUGAGUACCUCUGGAUCGAUGGCACAGGGGAAGGACUAAGAAGCAAGUGUCGAACACUAGACUACGAGCCAGAGAAACCAGAAGACUGCCCGGUAUGGAACUAUGACGGUUCUAGCACAUAUCAGGCCGAAGGCUCGAACUCCGACAUGUAUAUUUAUCCACGUGCACUAUUCAGAGACCCAUUUAGACGAGGAAAGAACAAACUCGUGCUUUGUGAAGUGUUCAAAUAUAACAAUCAGCCGGCAGAGACAAACAACAGGUUGACUUGCGCUAAAGUUAUGGAAGAGGCGAAGGACUCCCAUCCCUGGUUUGGUAUAGAGCAAGAAUAUACCCUACUGGAUUUUGAUGGCUAUCCAUUUGGGUGGCCAAAGAAUGGUUACCCGGGACCACAAGGUCCCUACUAUUGUGGUGUUGGUGGCAACAAGGUCUACGGCCGUGAUAUUGUAGAAGCUCACUACAGAGCAUGCUUGUAUGCUGGUGUGAAGAUAGCUGGGUGUAACGCUGAAGGAAUGCCAGCUCAGUGGGAGUUCCAAGUUGGACCAUGUGAAGGCAUUGAGAUGGGUGAUCACUUAUGGAUAGGGCGUUACCUGUUGCACAGAGUGGCCGAGGAUUUCGGUGUUAACGCAACUUUAGAUCCGAAACCCAUGGAGGGGGAUUGGAAUGGGGCCGGGGCACAUUGUAACUACAGUACAUUGGCAAUGAGACAAAGUGGAGGACUAAAAGAAAUUGAAUCUGCUAUUGACAAGUUAUCUAAACAACACGUGAGACACAUCCGGGCAUAUGAUCCUAAAGAGGGCAAAGACAACGAGAGACGUCUCACAGGACUCCACGAGACUUCGAGUAUCCAUGACUUUUCUGCUGGAAUUGCAAACCGUUGUGCUAGUAUCCGAAUUCCUCGACAGGUGGCCGAGGAGGGUCAUGGGUAUCUGGAGGAUCGACGUCCGUCUUCAAACUGCGAUCCUUACACUGUAACGGAAGUCAUUGUGCAGACGACAAUUUUGGAUAAAUAAAAUGAACGUUACUGAUAAACGACAUUAGAGAUUAAGAAGCUUAUAUUCAUGAACUUUAAUAUCAUAUUGAAAUAUAUAUUUUUCUGAGACGAAAUUAUCUAGCUAAGAAACAGACACAAUAGGAACUACAUUUUACAGCAAUUGUGUAACUUGCAGUAGGAGUUUACUUUUAAUCAAAACGACAUCUCUUUAAAGAAUAAUGUUGAAGAACAUCUAAAUUACGCAUACAUUGUUAAACAGGUAUGAGGAUGUGGAUGUUGUAUCUUUAUUUUCUAAGAUACUACGACAUUGUGUUGACCAUGACAUUUAAUAAAUGCCAUAACAUUC